AUGGCACCUAGUAAGCAGUGGAUGCAACUUGUUGAUAAUCGUCUCGACGAAAUCUACUUGAUCGGUGUGCAAACGUUUUUGGAUUAUGCUUUUCAAAAAACAGGAGAAGAAUAUGAAAUACGAUGUCUGUGUGUCAAAUGUUACAAUACAACUUUAGGAACUCGUAAAACAGUUGAGACACAUUUGCUAGUACAUGGAAUAAUUUGCAAUUAUACGUUUUGGUAUCACCAUGGAGAACGUUUGGGUGAGCCAUUAUCAGAAUUAGAAUAUAAAGAUGAAGAACAAGACGAUGAUGCAAUAGAAGAAUGUGAGAGUGAAGAUGAAGUAGAAGAGCUAUUGAGAGACCUAUAUCCUAAUCUUGAUGGAGGAACUACACAUACUGAUGACUUACUUGAAGAGGAACCAAAUGAUGAAGCAAAAAAGUUUUACAGCCUAUUGAAGGAUUUUGAGUUGCCAUUAUACCAAAAUUCAAAAGCUUCAAAGCUUUCCACUUUGAUCAAAUUGCUUCAUAUCAAAAGUAUGGGUCGUUGGAGUAAUGCAUCAUUUAUAAUGCUAUUGAAAAUGUUGAAAGAGGAGUUGUUGCCUGAUGGUGCUAAUUUGCCAAAUUCAUAUUAUGAGGCAAAGAAGAUAAUUAAAGAACUUGGUCUUUCAUACGAUAAGAUUGAUGCUUGUACUAAUGAUUGCAUGUUAUACUGGAAGAAGGAUAGCUUACUUGAUUCUUGCAAAGUUUGUGGUCCAAAUGGUCCAGGAGAUGCAAUUGAUACAUAUCUUCAACCUUUAAUAGAGGAAUUGAAGGAGUUGUGGGAAGUUGGUAUCGAGACCUAUGAUGCAUCAACUAAGCAAAAUUUUAAGUUGCAUGCUUCUUUAUUAUGGAUCAUCAAUGACUUUCCAGCAUAUGGAAAUUUAUCGGGAUGGAGUACAAAAGGAAAAUUGGCAUGCCCAUGUUGCAAUAAAGACACUUCCUCAAUUCGAUUAUCUAAGGGUAAGAAGCAGUGUUUUAUGGGUCAUCGGCGUUAUCUUUCUCAAAAUCACAAAUGGCGAAGUGAGAAGGGCUCAUUUGAUGGUACAAUAGAGAAAAGGCCUCCACCAAAAGUGUGUUCCGGUAUUGAGAUACUUAAUCAAGCGCAAGAUCUUGAAGGGGUACAGUUAUCAAAGGAUCCUAAGAUAAAAAAGAAGAUAUCACAUGAAAACUGA